AUGUCCUGGCAAGCUUAUACUGACAACUUAGUUGCUACUGGUAACUUGGAUAAAGCAGCUAUUUACUCUAGAGCAGGUGAUUCUGUUUGGGCUUCUUCCAAUGGAUUGGCUUUACAACCAAAUGAAAUUAAAGAUAUUGUAACUGGUUUUGAUAAUCCAUCUGGUUUACAAAGUAAUGGUUUGCAUGUAAAUGGUCAGAAGUAUAUGUUGAUCAGAGCUGAUGACAGGAGUAUUUAUGGUAGACAUGACGCUGAAGGUGUUAUUUGUGUUAGAACAAAACAAACUAUCUUAGUUGCCCACUACCCAAGUGGUGUUCAAGCUGGUACUGCUACUACUGUUGUUGAACAAUUAGCUGACUAUUUGAUCAACGCUCAAUAUUAA